CUACUCUCCUCUAGGGGCUCUAAAACCUAUUUAUCUAGCCCCUGACUCCAAGAAUGACUCCAUCUCUCAUUCACAACUAUCAUCUCUACACCUCCACAGCACCACCCAACCUCUCUCGAAAACGCGCCGCCGAGCCCAAAGCAAACCAGGGCGCCGACCCGCCACGGUUUCCGAAAUGGGUCCGUAAAGGUAGAAAGCCACCAAUGAAGCCAACCACAAUGGCUGACCAGCACAGCUCUUCACUCAAACAGGCUCUUCACGACCACGUUCAAUCUGGGUCCAUGGAAGAUGCGCUCUGGGUGUUUGACAAAAUGAACAAGCUAGAUGCGUACAACUGGAAUAUCGUUAUCAGGGGUUUUGUGGAUAAUGGGAUGUUUCGAGAGGCCAUUGAGUUUUAUCAGAGAAUGGAAAUGGAAGGUGUUAAAGAGGAUAACUAUACUUAUCCAUUUGUAAUCAAGGCCUGUGGUGGGUCGUUAUCGUUGGUUGAGGUCCGAAGGGUUCAUGGUAAGUUGUUCAAGGUUGGGUUGGUUUCGGACGUAUACAUAUGUAAUGCUCUGUGUGCUGUGUAUGCGAAACUUGGCUGCAUUGGAGAUGCAGAGAAGGUGUUUGAAGAAAUGCCUGUUAAAGACUUGGUUUCUUGGAAUUCCAUGAUUGGUGGGUAUGUUGCGGUUGGGGAUGGAUGGAGUGGAGUGAUUUGUUUUCGAGAUAUGAUUGUGGUUGGGAUAAUGCCGGAUAGAUUCAGCAUGAUCGGGGUUCUUAAUGCUUGCGCUAUCGAGGGUUUGCUCCAAACUGGGAAGGAAAUCCAUUGUCAGGUGAUGAAAUGUAUGGUUGAAUCGGAUGUCAUGGUUCAGACUUCGCUUAUUGACAUGUACCACAAAUGCGGUAGAGUAGACUAUGCGGAGAGGUUGUUUGAUAAGAUUUCUCAAAAGAAUGUUGUGGUUUGGAAUGUGAUGAUACACGGAUAUGCGCUAAAUGCUUGCCCCGUGGAGGCUUUUUCUUGCUUGAAGAUGAUGCAAGAGACUGAUAAGUUGAAACCUGAUGCUAUUACGAUGAUAAAUGUACUCCUUUCUUGCACACAAGUAGGAGCCCUCAUGGAGGGAAAAUCUAUCCAUGUCUACGCCAUUAGACACUGGUUUAUCCCUCAUAUUGUCUUGGAAACGGCUUUGAUUGAGUUGUAUGGUGCCUGCAGCAGGGUAAAAUUAGCAGAACGUAUCUUUAAUCAACUGGCUCAAAAGAAUAUGAUAUCAUGGAAUACCAUGAUUUCUGCAUAUGUACACAAUGGAUGGAAUUGGGAAGCCUUGGAACUAUUUCAGGAUCUUGUGAGUAAACCUCUUAACCCAGAUUCAAUUACGAUUUCAAGCAUCCUACCUGCCUUUUCUGAAGUAGCAUCAAUAGGGCAGCGGAAGCAAAUUCAUGGUUAUAUCUCAAAAUUGGAGCAUCGUUCGAAUACCUUCAUCUUGAAUUCAACUGUUUACAUGUAUGCAAAAUGUGGGCAUCUAGGUACUGCUCAAGAAAUCUUUGAUAGAAUGAUAUACAGGGAUGUCAGCUCAUGGAACACUAUAAUUAUGGCAUAUGCCAUUCAUGGGUUUGGGAGGAGCUCGACUCGGUUGUUCUGUGAAAUGGUAGGCGAGGGCAUUCAACCAAAUGCGAGCACUUUUGUUUCCCUGUUAACAGCUUGCAGCGUUUCUGGCAUGGUCGAUGAGGGUUGGAAAUACUAUGCAUCUAUGAAAUUGGAGUAUGGUAUUGAUCCUGGAAUAGAGCACUAUGGUUGUAUGAUUGAUCUUAUGGGGCGUACAGGUAAUCUUGACCAAGCCAAGACUUUUAUUGAUGAAAUGCCAUUGCUGCCCACAGCCAAAAUCUGGGGGUCCUUGUUGACAGCAAGUAGAAACAAUAGAAAUAUAGAGUUGGCAGAAGUUGCUGCUGAGAACAUUUUAUCCUUAGAACAUGAUAAUACCGGGUGUUAUGUCUUGCUUUCCAAUAUGUAUGCCGAAGCUGGGAGGUGGGAAGAUGUGGAAAGGAUCAAGUUCCAUAUGAAGCAAAAAGGACUGAACAAAACUGUUGGAUGCAGCUUCGUUGAGAGCAAAUGCCAGCCAUACAGAUUCAUCAACUAUGACAAGUCCCAUGUUGAAAGUAACACGAUUUAUGAUGUUCUAGAUAUAAUUUUGAGGAAGAUUGGGGAAGACAAGUAUGUUCACAAUGUCACCAAGUUCAGACCAUUAGACUUGAAGAGAAAGAAAGAAAGUUCUCCAGAGCAUCACAGCGUAAGAUUGGCAAUUUCUUACGGGUUGAUCACCACAAAACUCCGACACCCUGUUCUUGUUAGAAAAAACACAAGAGUAUGCGAAGAUUGCCAUACUGCUGCAAAGAAGGUUUCAGAGAUAACCAAGAGAGAGAUAAUAGUAGGGGAUGCCAAAGUCUUUCAUCACUUCAGAGAUGGGAAUUGCUCAUGUGGUGAUUAUUGGUGACCAACUGUUUUUCAAAAUAUUGGUGUACAUACAAAGUAUGUUGUAAAAUUAGCUGCAAAGUUCCACGGAAUGUAUUUUCCAGAAAGAGUUCAAAUACACAGCAAUGUUAAAAUUUUGUCGAUUACAAAUUCCAUGACAGACAUACGCGAAUCCUUGACUG